AUGCCCCCCAAUUUUGCAGGCCCCCCAGACUCCAAGAUCAAGAUGACGCCGGCCCCGACUUUGGAGAAUCUUCCCACGCCACAAGAGACUCCUUGUCAUGGCGGCAGCGGCAAGCCAGCAAAACGAAAGCCAGUGCGCCGCGAUGCCGAAAGGAGACGCCAGCAGAAUAUCCAAGCGCAGAGAAAGUAUCGAGAGAAGCGCAAGGCCCGCCUCGAUGAUCUCGAGACGCUGGCAGCCUCGCUUUCUGAAAGUGUGGGAGUGUCGAUGCUGUACAGAAGCGGACCCAGCCCAUCUCCCGUCGCGCCGUUCAAUGUCGCAGGCGACACACAGUUGGGCUUCUAUCGAAACGAUGAGCAAGGCCUCAACGGCGCCGCCGCCAACGGGUCCCCUGCCGACGCGCUCGACAUCUACCCUUCAACCUCGAUGAGCCCAGACGCAGCAUUGGACGGCUAUACCUGGGAUCUCAAUGCUUCCAUCGACCCCUCCAAUAUUCACUACAACGGAGGCCCAUCGCCCAGCCCACCAAACUGGCCUGGCUUCGUCGACUGCGGCUGCCUUUGCCCGCACGUUCAAGUGACCUCAUCACGACCGAGGGCAUACCUAGAGCUAGACGCAGAUACCGUCAGUCACAGCUCGCGUUCGGUCGACCUCUAUGCCCAUACUCUUCGUGUUGAGCGGAUAUGCAUCGUCGAGGCCAUGGCGUCUCUCUGCUUGCACAUUGGCAUAACAAAGGAUAUGAUGUGUGUCGACAAGGCCACUUCUCCCUUCUUCCGACCCACCGGCGAGAUUACAAACGGCACCAGAGCUGACGCCGUGGUCAAGACUGUGCAAACCAUCUUCAAGUCUCUAAAGCCUGACAUGCGGCCGAUACGGGAGCAAAUCAUCUGCCAGCACGCAGCCUUUAUCGACGUCCUGCCUUUUCCCACCCUCAGGCGCAAUGUCAUCAACAGCGGCGAAGCAAUCAACCUCACAGAGUUCUAUCACGACUUGAUUGAUGGCCUGGUCUGCUGGGGGGGAACUGCGGACCAAAGGAGCGCUGCAGACUCGGCGACCGGCGACGCCUCGACGGGGACACCCUGGGAGAGUAGAAGCUGGGAAGCCAGGACGUGGUUUUUACGCAAGUACUUUACGCUUCUCGGUGGCGAUGAAGGAGAGCUUGUGCGCCAGAGUGAAUGGUGGCGAAAUGUAAGAGGAGAUGAUACGGAUCUGUGGUUGGAGGUUUAA